CACCAGAACAACGCAUGCAGCAAGAGCAGAGCAGACAGUCUGCGUGUAUCUUCAGCAAGACCGCAGCAGCCACUACACAAACAGAAAGAUCGUGGAAGUCACUGUACAACUACAUCUAGAAUCUGAUCGUCGAGACGUCGUUGAAAAUCUUACAGCUAUUGUAAGUGAAAUACCAAAUCCACUCCGGACGUAAUACAGCCCAGAGGAUCAACUGUUGUAGACAUCUGUAAAGAGGGAAAGCAUAAUCGUGUCAAGAUGUUGACUGAUGAGGCUGCACAGGUGCAAGAGGUGAGAUACUGCCUGAAGACUCUGAGAGAGCAAAUGGCAGCUAGACAAAACAAUAACAACAACAACAUUAAGAUUCCAUCCAAUGGGUAUAAAGUUGACGUACUUGUCAGCAAAGCCAGUGGCUCCAAUGGAUAUGUGAACGGCUCUUACUCCAAACGUCCGGACCAGGAGGAUGAUGAAAGCUCUUUUGCCUUAAAAGAAGUCACCAAACAUCUGUACACUCGUCUGCAAGAGAUGGAGAGGAGACACCAGGAAGAGAAAGACAGACUACAGGCAGAAAACACUGAAUAUCAGCAGCGGUUUCUGGAGGAGCAUAACUCUCGCAUACACAAGGCAGAAACCAAGGCGGAGGAACAGGGCAAAAUGAUGGAAGAGAUGCAGAAGCUUAUGCAUGGCUUGCAGCUGGAAAAUGCCACACUACAUGAAAAGUUGGCUGCUAGUGAGGCUGAGCUUGAGAAACUGCGAGGACUGAAGAAAACGGAGAGCGUUGACAGGUCUGAACAACUGGAGAAGGAGCUGGCAACCCUGAAGGAUAAGAACCAUAACUUAGAUGACAUGCUCAAAAGUCAACAAAGGAAAGUCAGAAACAUGAUCGAACAGGUGCAAAAUGCACGAACCAUGAUGGACCAAAGAGACCGGCUGAUCAAUGACCUAAAAGAGAAGGUGGCUUUCCUCGAAGCUGAGAAUAGAGAGAUCCAUGACCGGAUGGAAUUUUAUUUGGGCAACAGAGUGUCUAAUCCAUACAACUCAGACAUGGGGUCCAAGGUUGUCUACAGCAAACCUCUGAUGCCAACAAGCCCUGGAAACAAGUCUAUGCCGUUCAUUAAAGUGGUCGAGAUCAAGUCCUGAACAACAGAUGAAGACAAAUGAUGGAAGUGAUUGAGUAAGAAGUAACUGUAGAAGAAGUAACAAGCAUUUCUCCUCUCUCAGCAUUUAUGCAACAUCCCUCUGUUUGGCACAUGAGUAGCACUUGGUUUCUUUUUUAUAUAUAUAUUCACUGCUUUGUAUAUAGGACUUUAAGUAAAAUGUCACAUGUAUAUUAGAUUUGCAGAUCAUACACUGCAUUUUAUGCCUUAAUGCCUUAACUUUAUUAAUGGUAGUAGAUAUAAGUGGUGAUAUUCAUAUUUCCUACAGAUCUGUCAAUAUGUUCUUUUUAGCAUGUAUAGAAUCUAAUAAUGCAGCCAUUGUAUAAAUAUUGUGACUGACAGCCAGUUUUAAUAAUCUGAUAAAGCCAAAACUGAUCAGUUUUUUCACAUAUAUGCAUAACAAACAAUAUUUCUCUGCUACUUCUGUAUCUUUGUAUGUAUAUAUACUCUAAUAUACAUUUCUGAAUUUACUGUAUUUACUUGCAAAGUUGUGUUUUCCCUUUGGGAACUGUAAUUGUAUUAUGUUAUUUUUUUUUUUUUUUUGUUCUUUGCUCAACUCUACCUUUCCAUCCAUCUCUUAUUAAAUGUGAAAAAUGUGUUACUGUAGAUGGAAUUGUAGUGCUAUGCACAUUUCUCUGGUAUUGUAUUUUACCUGGUAUAUGUAUUUAUCUUAAGGGCUAAUCAGUAAAAUAAAGUAUUUAAGAUUGGUCAA